AUGAAGGCUGUAAAUGCAACGAAAAGUCAUCGUAUAGCAGAUUUGAUGGCGAUCAUAUACGGUGUCAUAUGUAUUCUUCCGCUCUUAUUCGUUUCUAUCCACGCAGCUGAUAAAGCAAAAGAUGUGACAACGAGUUUUCCUGGGCAAUGGGAGCUGUUAACUGAUAAUUCUGGUGUCUCGGCAAUGCAUCUAAUUUUGCUUCCAAAACUUAAUAAGGUUUUGAUGUAUGAUGCUACAAUUUGGAGGAUAUCAAAGAUUGCAUUGCCUCCUGAGAAGAUGCCUUGCCGUGUUGCUAAUGCGGCCACUGGUGAACUAGACUGUUGGUCACAUUCAGUAUUAUUUGAUUAUGAUACAGCAAAACUGACGGCACUCAAGAUUGUGACAGACACAUGGUGCUCAUCUGGAGGCCUCACAGUGGACGGAGACUUUGUUGGCAUUGGAGGUUAUAAAGAUGGAGCAACCACCGUGAGAUAUCUAACCUCAUGUGAAGAGUGUGAUUGGAGGGAAUCCCCAAGAACACUUGCACAACCUAGAUGGUACUCAACACAAGUAACUUUACCUGAUGCUUCCUUCAUGGUGUUUGGUGGACGUGGCGCUUAUGAUUACGAAUACAUUCCACCAGAAGGGCAAACAAAUAAGGAGGCCAUCUUCUUCCCCUUGCUCAAGGACACCCAUGAUAGAUUGCCUAAUGUACAACCACCACUAGUAGAGGACUCAAUUGAAAAUAAUUUAUACCCUUUUGUCCACCUUUCCCCCGAUGGCAAUCUCUUCAUUUUUUCCAACAACCGUUCAAUCUUGCUAAAUCCAAAGACAAAACAAAUUGUUCGUGAGUAUCCAAUUCUUCCUGGUGGGUCUCGUAAUUACCCGGCAUCAGCAAUGUCCGCUCUCCUCCCACUACGACUUAAACUAGGAAAGUUGAAAAAGAUCAACGCCGAAGUAUUGAUUUGUGGUGGUGCACCCUGGGAUUCAUUUUAUUACGCAGAGAAGCAUAAGAAAUUUUUACCCGCAUUACAAGAUUGUGGAAGAUUACAAAUCCUAGACCCCAAUCCAGUUUGGAAGAUAGAAAAAAUGCCAGCUCCUCGUGUAAUGGGCGAUAUGAUGAUUCUUCCAACUGGAGAUGUGUUAAUGCUCAAUGGCGCAAAAACAGGUACAUCAGCAUGGAAUGAUGCCGAAGAACCUUAUCUGGCUCCUGUUUUAUAUAGGACUAAAGGACCAAAGGGCUCCAGAUUUAGGGAAUUAACACCUUCAAACAUUCCAAGAAUGUACCAUUCCGUAGCUGGAGUGUUACCAGAUGGAAAAAUUCUUGUAGCAGGUAGCAACACUCACGAUGGAUACGAAUAUAAUGCCAAAUACCCUACAGAGCUUAGGGUUGAAAAAUUUUCUCCCCCUUACUUGGAUCCAUCAGUGGCUGGCCUAAGACAGCAGAUACUAGUUGAAGCUUCUGACGAAGUGCUCAGUUAUGGCCAACAGUUCUCAAUUAAGGUUAAGUCUAAUGAAAGAAUACUUAAUAAGGAAGAACUUACAGUGACAAUGUAUGCACCACCUUUUACCACACAUGGUAUCUCAAUGAGUCAAAGGCUCCUUAUCUUAGUUAUAGUGGAAGUAGUUAGUGAUGUUUCUCCUGGAGUUCAUAACAUUGUGGCUGGGGCACCCAUGCAAGGCGAAUUAGCUCCUCCUGGUUAUUAUCUUCUUUCUGUCGUUUACAAUGGAGUGCCAAGCGUUUCCAUGUGGGUUCAGAUUAAAUAG